GGCGGCGGCGGCGCCGGUCGGCGGGAGGCGGCGGCCCUGAGGGGGCAGGCGGGCGCCCCCGGCCCGGCUCGCCAUGGAGGUGUACAUCCCCUCCUUCCGCUAUGAGGAGAGCGAGCUGGAGCGGGGCUACACGGGUAGAAAGGAAGACCCUGGGAGCUACUGACUUGUCAACCUCACCUAUAUGCCUGGGAAGAUCAUGGAACAGAUCCUCCUAGAAGCUGGAGAUGAUUUGAGACAGCCAGCAUGGCUUCAGCAAGAGCAAGUCUUGCCUGUCCAGCAUAGUGGCCUUCUGUGAUGGAGGGACUACAUCAGUGGGCAAGGGAAGAGCUACAGAUGUCAUCUAUCUGGACUUCUGUCUUUAAAAUAGAGGUGUUGAUGAGUGGAAGGAAACAUUUUGUGGAGAAGAGGUAUAGUGAAUUCCAUGCACUUCAUAAAAAGCUGAAGAAGUUCAUAAGGACUCCAGAGAUCCCUUCAAAGCAUGUGAGAAACUGGGUCCCCAAGGUGCUGGAGCAGCGACGGCAAGGCUUGGAGUUGUACUUGCAGACAGUUAUUUUAGAAAAUGAAGAGCUCCCUAAAAUAUUUCUUGAUUUCCUGAAUGUUCGCCAUGUACCUACCUUGCCAAAAGCAGAAAGCUGUGGCUCUUUUGAUGAAACAGAAUCUGAAGAAUCAAGCAAACUGUCCCACCAGCCUGUGCUGCUGUUCCUGAGGGAUCCAUAUGUCUUGCCUAAAGCCAACGAUGACUUUCCAAAUGUAGUUAUAGAAGGCAUUCUACAUGGAAUAUUUUAUCCUCAUUUACUGCCCAGGUAGAAGUGAUGCGUGGCUAGAAGAAGCUGAAGCAAGCCUCCGAGUCAUGUGUAAUUGAAUUAACAGGAAUAAAAUUCUGUGAUGUGAAAAUGAUGCUCAGAAGCAAGAGGCAUAACCUCGGUUUUAAGUUCAAGCAUUUUGUCUUUGUAAAUAAAAUCCAUGUCACUACAAUUGCUGCCUUUAAUAAAAGAAGACACAGAAACAACAGCAUUGAAGUUACUUAUAACUUCUGUAUAUUGACAUGCUCUAACUAUUUAACACUAAAAGCUGAAAGUCAUACACUGAAUUACACUAACCUUUGAGAAUAAUGGAAAGCUUUACUGAUUAUUUCUAUAAUUUCUAUCUUAAAUUACACUAAACCUUUUUGCACCAGAAUUUUUCCCAGCACAUUGCCCAUUGCUGACAUUGGAUGGAUUAAAAGUGCUGGCACUGAAGAGAGUGUGUGAGAAAUUGCCAAAAAAAAAAAAAAAUUAAAGGCAAGAAGAAACUGAAGCAACUUCAAGUAUUUUAUUCAUUUUUCUUAACUUUGAAUCUGCUUCUUAAUAUCAGGUUGGAAAAGAGCCAGUGCAGGUGUAUGGUUGUAAAACAUGCUUCCAUAUUCUGAAACACAUAGCACUCUCUCAGGAAAUUUUCUAGAUUUCAGUUUAAAUGAUUUUAUUUACCAGGAGAUUCUACAUAGCAUCUGUGCAUCUCCCUUCAGUUAUGACAUCAAAUCUGUGUGUAUGUUUACUCUUCACAUUAACUUGCAGGCUGUAUUCCACAUCUUAACAUUUUGUAAGUCACAGACCAUACAGCUCUGUCGUAAGCUAAAGCAAGAAUACAAUUAAGUAGUAAAAUGAUAAAACUAAAGCUGAUACAAAUAUAUACACACUUAUGUAUUUGUUAAGAUUUAACUGGAAAUUUGCAUAUGUGCUACUGGACAUUAUGAAGUAAAUUACUAGAACAUGAA